GAAGGUAGAACCCCGCAGGCUCUAGGUUCCCAGAUCUCUCCCAUUUGCCAUUGCCUGCUUGUGUACAUAUGUUGAUCGGCACUCAAAUCUGUUCCGCUCCCCGACCCCGCACCCGAACCCCGGGCACUGCCAUUCGACAAGCCCGACCCCUUAGCACUUCUGCCCCGCCUCACGCGUCAAGAGCUUGGCGAAGGCAACGAGACAGGCUGCGAAGGGGUAACCAGCCGCAGUUAGCAUGUCGACGUCGAGUUCGGCGGCAGGCGACGGGCACGGCGGCAGCCGGCCUGCGAUGGAGUAUCGCAAUCUGGGUCGCACGGGGCUCAAGGUCUCGGUCUUCAGCUUCGGGUCGUGGGUCACGUUCGGCAACCAGGUGGAUGUGGAACUAGCGAAGCGGCUGCUGCGGCGGUGCUUUGAGGCGGGCGUGAACUUCUUCGACAACGCCGAGGUGUACGCCAACGGCAAGGCGGAGGAGAUCUUCGGCCAGGCCGUGCGUGAGCUGGGCUGGCGCCGCUCCGAGAUCGUCGUCUCCACUAAGAUCUUCUGGGGCGGCCAGGGCGUGAACGAGAAGGGUCUGUCGCGCAAGCACAUCGUGGAGGGGCUGAAGGCGUCGCUGCGGCGCCUGGGCAUGGAGUACGUGGACCUCGUCUACUGCCACCGCCCGGACGCGUCCACGCCCAUAGAGGAGACCGUUCGGGCCAUGAACCACGUGAUUGACAAGGGCUGGGCGUUCUACUGGGGCACGAGCGAGUGGAGCGCGGCACAGAUCACAGAGGCGUGUGAGGUGGCAAAGCGGCUGAACCUCAUCGGGCCCGCCAUGGAGCAACCCGAGUACAACCUCAUCGCCCGGGAGAAGGUGGAGAAGGAGUUUCUCCCCCUGUACGAGCCGUACGGGCUGGGGCUCACCACGUGGUCGCCCCUGGCGUCGGGUGUGCUGACAGGGAAGUACGCGCGCGGCCACAUCCCCCCGGACUCACGCUUCGCCCUCGCUAACUACAAGCACCUGGCGACGCGCAAGCUGGUGGACGAGGUGUUGGACAAGGUGGGCGCGCUGGCGGCGGUGGCGGGCGAGCUGCAGUGCACGGUGGCGCAGCUCAGCCUCGCGUGGUGCGCCAAGAACCCUCAUGUCAGCUCUGUCAUCACAGGCAGCACCAAGGAGAGCCAGAUAGAGGAGAACAUGAUGGCUCUGGAGGUGAUGCCGAAGCUGACCCCAGCGGUGAUGGAGAGGAUAGACGCCAUCAUGCGCAACAAGCCCAAGUUGCCCGACUCCUUCCGGUAGACGCAAACCAGCAAGGGUUAAAUGGGGGAGAGGGGAGGGGGGAGGGGGGGUGGGGGGGGUUGUUUUGGGGGGAGAAGGAGAGGGGGGGAGGGGAGGCUUUGGAGGACGGGAAGUAGCAGGUGAGGAACGGCAGUGCAGGGGAGAUGGGUGCAGGGGGGGCUGUGUCCGUGCCAUUAUGUGCCACAAGUCCAGGCUGGAUGAUUUCUGCAGCAGGCCCAAGGUGUUUUCAAGUAAACCAAUGUGCUUCAACAAGGUGUGCGUGCCAGAUAGACCAGUGCGGAAGACGAGGACGCACGAGGGUGGAUGGGGCUGUGGCGGCGUGGCGGUGUUGGUGGAGGGGGAACACGGGGCGGAAGGAUGAGUAGUUCAUGUGGGGGGGAUAGAGGAGGGGGGCGCGGAGGGAGUGGUGGGAGCAUGGACGAUUGGAGCAUUAAGGUUGUAGGGAUAUGGGUGUAGAGUUUGUAGACAUGUCAGAAGACGAUACUGGUACAUAGGAUUAGGAAGUCAGUGUCUGGAAAGGAGAAGCAUGUGGCUGUCUAGUCAAAGCCCUAGCCACCCCAGUGACCCCACCCACCCACCUAGCGAUGGCCGUGUGCAAGCUUAGUGGAAUGUACCGUAGUGCCUAUUGUGGUGUACGUACUGGACUCAAUACUGCAGUGAUGGAAUGGAAAUGGGAUGGGAUUAGUAUGUAGACCAGGUUUGGUAUGGGUAGGUACUAUAACAUGUGGCAAGGACACUGCAGU